AUGAAUGAAAGUGAGGGCGAACAAGAGUGUGGUGUUUCGACGCCAAAGAAGAAACGCGUUGAAAGAGGCGAUUUAAAAGUGAAGAAAAAACAUAGACAACAAAAAUACGGAGUCGAAUGGGAGAGUGAUCCAAAAUUUAGUAAGUGGCUUACUCGUGAUCCUCAAGAUAAUUUCAAAUCACGAUGUAAAGCUCUGGAUCCAACCCUGAUUCCAAUGGAAAAAAAUAAAAAUAUUCAAUAUGGCUACAGAUCAUACGACGUGAGCUGUCAGCUG